CUGGUCCGCAGGUGGCAGGGAGGGAGGGAGGGGAAGGGGCUGCGCGUCCGCCAUGGAUAGGUUCGUGUGGACUAGCGGGCUGCUGGAGCUGGGGGAGACGUUGGUGGUCCAGCAGCGCGGCGUGCGCCUCUGCGACGGGGAGGAGAAGUUGAAAUUUGAUAGCGGAGUAUUACUGCUAAGCACACACAGACUAAUCUGGAGAGAUCAGAAGAAUCACGAGUGCUGCAUUGCUGUACCUCUGUCUCAGAUCGUCUUUGUUGAAGAGCAAGCAGCUGGGAUAGGAAAAAGUGCCAAAAUAGUUGUUCAUCUUCAUCCUGCUUCUUCAAACAAAGAGCCUGGUCCAUUCCAAAGCAGCAAAUAUUCCUACAUAAAACUUUCAUUCAAAGAACAUGGGCAGAUUGAGUUCUAUAGACGAUUAUCAGAAGAAAUCACACAAAGAAGAUGGGAGAACAUGCCCACUGGUCAGACCAUGCAAGUUAACAAGGAUCCACAGGCAGGAAGAAUAAGGGCUGUAGGAAUUGUAGGGAUCGAAAGGAAAUUAGAGGAAAAAAGAAAAGAGACUGACAAAAACAUUUCCGAGGCUUUUGAGGAUCUUAGCAAACUAAUGGAGAAGGCUAAGGAAAUGGUGGAGUUAUCAAAGUCAAUAGCUAACAAGAUUAAAGAAAAACAAGGUGACAUCACUGAAGAUGAGACUAUUAGGUUCAAGUCCUAUCUACUGAGUAUGGGUAUAGCUAAUCCAGUUACUAGGGAAACAUAUGGAUCAGGUACACAUUACCACAUGCAACUGGCGAAGCAACUAGCUGGAAUACUGCAGACGCCGUUAGAGGAGCGAGGAGGGAUCAUGUCACUUACAGAAGUGUACUGUCUGGUAAAUCGCGCACGAGGAUUAGAGUUGCUGUCACCAGAAGAUUUAGUAAAUGCUUGUAAGAUGCUGGAGUCACUGAAAUUACCACUAAGGCUUCGGAUAUUUGACAGUGGUGUGAUGGUGAUUGAACUCCAGUCUCAUAAUGAAGAGGAAAUGGUAGCUUCUGCUUUAGAGACAGUAUCUGAAAAGGGUUCUCUCACAGCUGACGAGUUUGCUAAGCUCGUGGGGAUGUCUGUUCUCUUAGCCAAAGAAAGGCUGCUGCUUGCUGAAAAGAUGGGCCAUCUUUGCAGAGACGAUUCAGUGGAAGGCUUGAGAUUCUACCCAAAUUUAUUUCUGACGCAAAGCUAAUGUAGUUUGUGUACAGUCUGUUGUAACAGUUGAACAAGAGAGUAGAGGGCAGAACCCUUCCACCAACUGACUUUAAAAUUUUUAUUUUGUUAGUCUACUGCAACGGUGAUGAACAUUGCCAUGCUUUACAGUUCUCAGGUAUUUCAAGUGCUGAAUCCUCUUAUGCGGAACUGAAAGGAAGUAGGAAUCACUGUCAGAAACAUGUUAAUUGUCUCAAGCCGGCUAGCUCAUGUUUCAAGUUUUAUUUGAUGUGCUCUGUAGUUUCUCGUUUCAAGAGAAGGCAGAUGAAGAUUCCACACAAGUGAAAGUGGAGAGAAUAUCCCUGUAGUCUGCCAUGAGGGCCAGCACCCACAAAACAGGUUACUGCAUACUCCAGUUUCAAUUUGUUUAUGUCUAGAGCAACAAAGCAGACAGAUAUAUCCGUAGUGAUAAGUGACUUUGGUGUGUAGUGAGGUAUAAGGAACAAACCAGAGUAGAAUAACCCCUUCUCCCUGAAGUGAUGAACAGUUUUGUAAGAGGAUCUUGGGGUUCUUGUACUUCGAGAAAGAACAAACCUGCUCCAGGAGAGAUUAACGUAUGUUAUGAGAAUCUAGAAAACAUGAUGUUUAUUUAGUCAUGUCUUAUGCUAAUAUCUCAGAUAGGAGCAUUGUUAGCACAGACUCCUCCCUUCUCUUUCCUUGCCAUCUUCCUUCCUGUCUCAUUAUGUUGCACUUUGGGUGCCCUUUCUCUUUCCUCUCUUUACAUCGCAGAGUGUAGUAGCCUCCUGUCACUCUACCAGACUCUGUGCUUUAAUGUGCUUGGUUUUUAUCUUGUACUUCUAAUGAAAGAUCGUUUGUCUGUUUCAUCGGCCUACUAUCUGUUUUGGAGAGACAGUUAUUUUGCUUAUAUCUUGUAUGCAAAAAUUAAUAUGCUUUCAGUAUUGAAGGGAGGAAGAAGACCAUCACCCUGUGUUUAAUAGUCACAGCGUAUCGUGUUGUUUGGUAUUCCUCACCCUGUGUUCACACUGAAUGCAAUUGGAUAGUCUCAGUUUUCAUAACUCCAGUGGAGUUGUUACAUUACUUGAAGAUCUGUUGUCAUGGUAAUAAUGGUAAGUGGAUGUUUGUGAUCCACAUCACUUAAAUUUUUGACAUUUUGAAGUGACCAGUUUUAAUAAAUAACAAAAUGUAUUCAAGGUAUGGACAAGGACAACAUAUGUAGAACUGCAUUGUGGUUGUAAUGGCCAAAUUGACAUUACAAAAAAGGAGAAAAAGGCUUGUAAGAGCCUGAAAAUAUUUUCAGAACUAUUUCAGUGUUACCAUAGCUUAGACAAGAGUUCAGAGCCUGCCAAUAAGGAGUUCAGUGCAGAGAUCCCUAGUGAUGAUGCUUUUCGUUCGUAGGAUGCUCAUUUAGGUCCAAUGAAUUGUGUCAUCUUAUCCUUGUCACAAGCAAACUUUCAUGCAGUGCUUUAUUUAGGGAAGUUUUCCUCUGUUUUGUGAAGGUGCUAAAACUAAUGUGUUUGACACAGGUGAAGGAAGCAGUUCCACCCUAUUUUUACUUUGUUAACCAUCUAGUGUCAUCUUUUCAGGAGCCUUAUGGCUUCCUGCUUUUCUUCAUCCUCCCCACAACACCCAGAAGAGAUCUACGUGAGGUACACCAAUCAUCACAUAUCUAAGGAGAGACUGAAAAAUGAGAAAUUCAGAAGCAAAAAGGUGUUUUGUGAGAGCUGUUUCUUUUGCCCGAUACCCAACCCUGUCAAGGGAGACCAGUGGUUUAUGGGCUUGAACCAUUUCCCACAAGGGGGCAUGUCUUCUGCAGAAAGGACAAAACCAGAAAGGAAAUGCUAACUAAACUCCAGCCUUUGCUGCUCCAAUCCUGAGCAUUUCAUUAUUUUAAUUAAGCAAUAACAAUACGGCCUGUUUAGAAUGAUGGUACCUUCUCAAGCUUUUCUUUCCGAAGAUUUUUCCUUGGCUUUUUUUUUUUUCUACAGGGAAGAAGUCUAUAAGGUAAAUUGUAUAGCUGUUUUAGAAUUUAAACAUACACAGAAGACAAUUACUACUAGAAAGUAAUAAAAAUGAAAAGAUUUUCUUAAAUAGACUGUUCUGUCAAAUUUUGGGUUUUUUUCUUCUUAAAAUAUUUUGGCAGCUUUAAAGUCUUUGAACAUCAAAAUCUUGUGGUUCUGUGGGGCAGGUUUUUAAACUGCAUUAUAUUUUUGCUGUCUCAUUUUGUACCUAAAAGGGUACAAGAUUGUUUUGAUUUAAAAUGAAAAGGCAGAAUUGUUGGUUGACAGCCAGCUGAACAAGAGCCAGCAGUGUGCCCAGGUGGCCAAGAAGGCUGACAGCAUCCUGGCUUGUAUCAGGAAUAGUGUGGCCAGCAGGAGUAAGGAGGUGAUUGUGCCCCUGUACUCGGCACUGGUGAGGCCGCACCUAGAGUGCUGUGUUCAGUUUUGGGCCUCUCACUGCAAGAAGGACAUUGAGGUGCUGGAGCCUGUCCAGAGGAGAGCAGUGAAGCUGGUGAAGGGUCUGGAGAGCAAGUCUUACAAGAAGAGGUUGAGGGAACUGGGGUUGUUUAGUCUGGAGAAGAGGAGGCUGAGGGGAGACCUUAUCAUGCUCUACAGCUACCUGAGAGGAGGUUGUAGUGAGAUCGGUGUUGGUCUCUUCUCCCAAGUUACUAGCGAUAGAAGGAGAGGAGAUGACUUCAAGCUGCACCAGGGAAGGUUUAGACUGGAUAUUAGGCAAAAUGUUGUCACUGAAAGAGUGGUCAGGCAUUGGAACAGGCUGCCCAGAGAGGUGGUGGAAUCACCAUUCCUGGAGGUGUAGAUGUGGCACUUCAGGGCAUGGUUUAGGAAGCAUGGUAGUGUUGGGUUGGUGGUUGGACUUGAUGAUCCUAGAGGUCUUUUCCAAACUUAAUUAUUCUAUGAAUUAAAUGUAAUUAGAAUGCCCUGGUUCUGUUGCUGAGUAGCCUGUGAGACACUCCAGCCAGAAUCACAAAACUAGAUGUCUACACAAGCACCAGUUUCAUGAGGGAACCAGUCUGAGCUUGAGCCAAGCAUAUAUCCUGUGCUAGAGCUGGAACAGCAUCUGACACAUGCAAAUGUGUUUUCCCAGCUGAAAGACAAUAGAAAUCAUACAUCUGAUACCACACUGAGAGCCAGCCAUAUGGCAAACAAAUGGAGUGGCAUGUUUACGGGUGUGUGGUAUCAUGGUAGUACAUCGCACUGUUCUAAACUGCCCUUGCCCAGUCCUGUUUCUGUUGGUACAACCAGCAAAAAAUCUAUUGACUAUUGAAGCAGUAUUAUAGGAGAGAGGAAAAUAUAGUUGUCAUUCUCACAGAUCAUUGUAGUUUAAUACAGAAGGUGCCUGUAUGAACCUUCCAUGUUUUGAUUAUUCCUAGAAUAUUUGUAUCAAGAUACAUGAACUUCAUCUCAUUUUGCCAGGGCUGCCCAAUUAUGCAGUCCUUUGAACAGAGGUUUGUUAACAGAGGUCUGUUCAAAUGGAGUAGUCUUAAAUGAUGUUUUUCAUUUGAAAACACAGGUCUUUUUAUACAUAUGACAGGAAGAGAACACUGCUCGGGAAUCUGUACAUCCUUUCUAUUUCUCCUUUCCCUUUGUUUUCAGGAAAAUUAUAUUCAGCCUAUGGAAACAUGGCCCUAACCUGAACCAUAUUUCCGAAAUGCAAACUUUUUUUUCAACUGAAAGAUAACAUAUGGUAUGUAUGUGUAUUCAGAAGUCUUCAGAAAGUGGAACUUUAAUAAUCGCUACUGGCUGUGUAUUGAUAAGCUAAACUCUUGGACACUCAUUUCUUCUAACACGACUUCUAUAGUUUGUCCAAAGGGCCUGACGGUGAUUUUUGUAAAAGUAGUGAAAGUACGUCACUGAAUUCAUGAAGACGCUAGUGGGAGACAGUGGGAGUCUGUUGCUGACAGUGGUUCCUGCUUCCUCAAGCCUGGGAGGCUCUCAUUUGCAACUGGGCAGUUCUUUCAAAAUACUGCCCUGAAAAGGCAGGAAUGGCUGAUUCAAAAUUACUUGUGGAUUUGAUAUGAAAUAAUUAUUUUCUUUGGGAGGAACCCACUCUCGAGUGGCUUUUUUCCUGAGCUAGAUUCACAAGUCUGACAAUUGCAUUGCUUUUUCCUACUCUAGCAGUUCCCAUUUCAUCCUAAUUCUCAGUGCUUCAGGCAUUCACGUGAAAUGCAAGACAGUCUAGGUCCAGGUCAUCUUCUGCUGGGAAGGCUUCAACUAGCAUUUUGUUCUCCAAAAAAUGAGCUGCAAGUAAUUGUGCUAAGAGCAUAUUCUGGGCAUGUCUGUUUGCAACAUUCAUCUUCAUUUUAAGGAAUUACUUAAAUACUUUUUGGAGCAGAGGCCCAAGUGUAAUACCUUCCAGGUAGUUGUCCUGGCCUGCAGACUUGAGAGUAAUUUUUCUUUGCGGUUUAGAAAUGAAGCAUUAUUCAACUAUUAAAAAAAAAACCACACCACCAAAACACAGUAACUUCAGGAUUGAGUGAGGAAACCUCAGUUUCAGAAAACCCCACAGCCUGCUAGUGCUAGUUAGUGCACACUCAUGAGAGGUAGACCUGAUAGAAACCACCCUGCUCCAUAUCCCUGCUCCAAACCAAAGACCAGGUAGGAUCUUGAGUCUCCUCCUUCCCCACUGGACUGGGAAUGCUGUGACUUCAAAUUCCCACUGAUGAAAGAGCACAUUAAACCCUGCUCUGCCAUGCUCACAGCAACGAUGGACAGCAAGUUGAAGGGGCUGCUGGAAUAGUCGCAGCACUUUCGUGACUCUAGUCCUGCUCUGAGCAUAAGGCUCAGACUAGUUAGAUGUUCUGCAUUGCUUUGUUCAGUUCAAAGUGUUUUAUGUACUUGGAGGGUUUCACUCAGCUGAUGAUAAAUUAUCAUCAAAAUUAUCUCAGGGACUAAGUAAAGGAGGAUAAUCUAAAUGCUGUUUCACUGUGUUUUUGAAGUCAACAGUCGAACAAAUUGGUGCUCCUGUAUCCCUUGCUUUGAUACAUGCAGAACGCUCCCAGAAGCUCAAAGACAGGACAUGUUAUUUUCUUCUAACAAAAAAAUUUGCAGGAGGAUACAUGCUGUGUGAAGUUAUUUUUCUUUUUGCAAAGAACAAUAAAGGCAGCACAGUUGCGCAGAAUAAAUCUGUACCUGUU